UUUUUUUUUAAAUCAACAUGCUUCCAUUGAAUGAUGUUACAGUAUUUGAAAUGGCUGGACUUGCUCCUGCUCCUUUUGCUGGAAUGAUAUUAGCUGACUUUGGGGCAAAAGUCAUUCGAGUAGAUAGACCCAAUUCAACUCAUGUAGAUUUACUCUCCAGGAACAAACAGUCUAUUGCUUUGGAUAUGAAAAACCCUGCUUCAAUUCAACUAUUCAAAUCUUUAAUAACUAAGGCUGAUAUCCUUUUGGAUCCCUUUCGUCCUGGUGUAAUGGAAAAAUUAGGUUUAGGUCCUUCUGUCUUGCUGGAAAUCAAUCCUACUUUGAUAUUUGCACGUCUCAGUGGAUAUGGUCAAACUGGUUCAAGUUCGAUGGCAGCUGGUCAUGACAUCAACUAUUUAGCUAUUUCUGGAGUAUUGGAGAUGCUUGGUCGUAAAGGUGAAGCUCCUGCUUUCCCUAUGAAUUUACUGGCUGAUUUUGCUGGUGGUGGACUGAUGUGUGUGAUGGGUAUUUUGAUAGCUUUAUAUGAAAGAUCAAGAUCUGGUAAAGGUCAAAUUGUAGAUGCAAAUUUGACAUCAGGUACUGCCUAUCUCAACUCAUUUCCUUAUUUGAUGCGACAGCAAGGAUUGAUUUGGUCGGAUGAACGUGGUAGCAACAUGUUGGAUAGUGGUGCCCAUUUCUAUGAAGUUUAUAAAACAAAAGAUGAUCGCUAUAUGGCAGUUGGAGCCAUUGAACCUCAAUUUUAUGCUGAAUUGUUACAUGGUUUGGGAUUAGACAAACAGUCAGACCUUCCUGGACAACUUGAAACCGAACAUUGGCCAAGUAUGAAAGCACGUUUUACCGAAAUUUUUGCAACAAAGACUCAGUUGGAAUGGACUCAAAUAUUUGAUGGUACUGAUGCUUGUGUGACCCCUGUGUUGUCAACAGAAGAAAGUAUUCCUGGAUACACUCCAAAUUCCCAUUCAUCGGAACCAAAGCAACACUAUUGGCCACGUCAAGCUCUUCCUCCUCAUCCCGCUCCUCUUUUAUCUCGUACUCCUGCUCGAUUUGUCUCUGAUAAGCCUACUUUACUCCAAGGUGGUGCUCAUUCGGUUCAAAUCCUUUCCGACUUUGGACUUACUAGCAAAGAAAUAGAAUCCCUCAUCCACACUGGUGCUAUAUAUGAUAUUUCUAAUUCCAAUUUAUAAUAAACUUGUUUAUGAAUCUAUUUUUUACUCCAGACU